AUGAAGCCCCGUCCAUUCCCCUUCCUCCUCAACAUCGGGACGGACAUCGUCCACCUCCCCCGAAUCACCCGCCUCCUCAACCGUCCAGGAAACUACCUCCACCGCUUCACCCGCCGCAUCCUCAGCGAACCCGAACAACAAGACUUCCGCGCCAGAUUCGCAACCGCAGCCCCCGCACACAUCAGUACAGAUAUGGCCCGCUGGCUCGCGGGCCGGUUCGCGGCCAAGGAGGCUGCGCGCAAAGCUGCGCCUGCGGGCGCGGCGGCGGUUUCUUGGAAAGAUGUCCUGGUGAGGGUGGGGGACGUCGAGGGUCGGCCGGAGGUGGUGUACUUGGAUGCGGAGGGGGGAGGGCGCGUGGGCAAGUUGUCUAUCUCGCAUGAUGGGGAGUAUGUGGUUGCGACUGUGCUUGCGGCUGAGUGA